GCCAAUGGACGCGCAGCCCCGGAGCAGUUACAAAGGGCCGGAGCGAGGCCGCCGCGGCGGCGGGAGGUGGGGCGAGGCAGGGCUUGCUCAGGCGAGGCGGCGGCCGGGCCGGACCGGGCCACAGGCGGUGGCGGCGGGACCAUGGAGGCGGCGGCCGCUGCUCCGCGUCCCCGGCUGCUCCUCCUCGUGCUGGCGGCGGCGGCGACGCUGGCCCCGGGGGCGACGGAUGCAGAUUUCAGAAGUGAGAGUGUGGGAAAAUGUUCAUCAUAGAAUGGAGGAAGCUGUAGCUGCUGGUAGAUAUUGGGGCCUGGAAGCAACAGGUGACCAAGCAUUACAGUGUUUCUGCCACCUUUGUACAAAAGACAAUUUUACUUGUGUGACAGAUGGGCUCUGCUUUGUCUCUGUCACAGAGACCACAGACAAAGUUAUACACAAUAGCAUGUGUAUAGCUGAAAUUGACCUAAUUCCCCGAGACAGGCCGUUUGUGUGUGCACCGUCUUCAAAAACCGGCUCUGUCACUACAACGUAUUGCUGCAAUCAGGACCACUGCAAUAAAAUAGAACUCCCGACUGUUGGCCCUUUUUCAGGAAAGCCAUCAUCUGGCCUUGGUCCCGUCGAAUUGGCAGCUGUCAUUGCUGGACCAGUCUGCUUCGUCUGCAUCUCACUCAUGUUAAUGGUUUAUAUCUGCCAUAAUCGUACUGUCAUUCACCAUCGAGUGCCAAACGAAGAGGAUCCUUCCUUAGAUCGUCCUUUUAUUUCAGAGGGCACUACGUUGAAAGAUUUAAUUUAUGAUAUGACAACAUCAGGUUCUGGAUCAGGUUUACCAUUGCUCGUUCAGAGAACAAUUGCAAGAACUAUUGUGUUACAAGAAAGUAUUGGCAAAGGUCGAUUUGGAGAAGUUUGGCGGGGAAAAUGGCGAGGAGAAGAAGUUGCUGUCAAAAUAUUCUCCUCUAGAGAAGAACGCUCGUGGUUCCGUGAGGCCGAGAUUUAUCAGACCGUAAUGUUACGCCAUGAAAACAUCUUGGGAUUUAUAGCGGCAGACAAUAAAGACAACGGUACAUGGACUCAGCUCUGGUUGGUGUCAGAUUAUCAUGAGCAUGGAUCCCUUUUUGAUUAUUUGAACAGAUACACAGUGACCGUGGAAGGAAUGAUAAAACUCGCUUUGUCCACAGCAAGUGGACUUGCCCAUCUUCACAUGGAGAUUGUUGGUACCCAAGGGAAACCAGCCAUUGCUCAUAGAGAUUUGAAGUCCAAGAAUAUCUUAGUAAAGAAGAAUGGAACUUGCUGCAUUGCAGACUUAGGACUGGCAGUAAGACACGAUUCAGCCACAGAUACGAUUGAUAUUGCUCCAAACCACAGAGUGGGAACAAAAAGGUACAUGGCCCCCGAAGUUCUAGAUGAUUCCAUAAACAUGAAACACUUUGAAUCCUUCAAACGUGCUGACAUCUAUGCAAUGGGCUUAGUAUUCUGGGAAAUAGCUCGACGAUGUUCCAUUGGUGGAAUUCAUGAAGAUUACCAGCUGCCUUAUUAUGAUCUUGUACCUUCUGAUCCAUCAGUUGAAGAAAUGAGAAAAGUUGUUUGUGAACAGAAGUUAAGGCCAAAUAUUCCAAACAGAUGGCAGAGUUGUGAAGCCUUGAGAGUAAUGGCUAAAAUUAUGAGAGAAUGUUGGUAUGCCAACGGAGCUGCUAGACUUACAGCUUUGAGGAUUAAGAAAACAUUGUCACAACUCAGUCAACAGGAAGGCAUCAAAAUGUAGUUCUGCGGCUUCGCCUGAACUCUGCUUUUCUUCAGAUCUGCUCCUGGGUUUUAAUUUGGGAGGUCAGCUGUUCUACCUCACUGAGAGGGAAUAGAAGGAUAUUGCUUCCUUUUGCGACAGUGUAAUAAGGUCAAUGAGAAACUCCCCAGGAUUUCUUUGGACCCAGGAAACAGCCAUGUGGGUCCUUUCUCUGCACUAUGAACACUUCUUUCCCAGGACAGUUACAAAGUGUUGUGUAGUCUACCUUUAUUUUUUAUUAACACAAAACUUGGUUGUUGUUUUGUUUUUUUAAAGAUGAUUGCUGAUCUUAACUUUAGGUUAAUUCUGCUGUGCUGAAGAUCAUCUUUAAGGGUAAAGGAGCUGGAUUGUUGAGUUACACGAAACAUUUCUUAUUUUUCAAGAAAGUGAUUUUAUUCCUGGUUAGUACAUUCUCAGAGGAUUCUGAACCACUAAAGAGUUUCCUUGAUUCAGACUUUGAAUGUACUGGUCUAUAAUUUUCAGGAUCUUAAAACUAACACUUAUAAAACUCUUAUCUUGAGUCUAAAAAUGACCUCAUAUAGUAGUGAGGAACAUAAUUUAUGCAAUUGUAUUUUGUAUACUAUUACUGUUCUUUCACAUAUUCAGAACAUUACAUGCCUUCAAAAUGGGAUUGUACUAUACCAGUAAGUGCCGCUUCUGUGUCUUUCUAAUGGAGAUGAAUAGAAUUGCUUAAAGUCUGUGUGUCUUAAAACCUGUAGUAUUUUAAUUCAAGAAGUUUAUUUAUCUGGGUAGCCCAGACUUUCUCUGUCUAGUUUUUUGGAGGAAUUUUUGUAGUAUGUCAUUUGGUAGUCCAUUUUGAAAAUGCCUUUCUCCUACCAAAAUGUGCUUAAACCACUAAAGAAAUGAAGUGGCAUUAAUUGGUAAAUGUUAUCAUGGUCAUAUCUGAAUAUUCUCACUUCAAGCUUUUGCAUUUAAAUUGUGUUGUCUAAGUAUACCUUAAGUCAAGUGGCACUCUAGAUGCUUAUAGUACUUUAAUAAUUUAAAACUUGUAGCCUACAGACUAAUUUUUCUAAAAGGGAAAAUUUGUCUAGCUGCUUGUGGAAGGUUGUGUGGCAUUCUGUAAGCCAUUUUUUUCUUUAUCUGAUCAAAGACAGUGUUAUUUUUUUAAGAGAUGAAUUACAUUUAAAAUUAGGAUAUGGUUGAUGUUAAAUAAUAGGUUUUUUUCUAGGAAGGUAAAGGUAAUUAAUAAUUUGAAUAGCUAACAGGUGUGCAAGAGAGUCACAUUCGUCAUGUCGGAGUCAGUGUUCAGUGGGCUUUCUGUCUUUGUAGCUAAGGUCAGAGUUUGUGUGGUUCUGGAGUCUCAUUACCCUUUGAAGAAGGCAGCUUCUAAUUCAGUCUUUCCCUCCGUGUGCGCAUACUGUGCACAAGUGCUUAAUCUCCAUGGUUAUGUAACGAGUUCAGUACACCCUUGAUUUUUGGGAGUGGUAGCUAAAGAACAUUCUGAGUAUAGGUUCUCCAUUUACAGAUGUUUUUAGUCAAAUUAAAUGUCUCAAGCAAACUCGUCAUGGUCUUCACAUUAACUUGAAACUAACUUACAAUAACUGGUUUUUACUUCCAGUGCUAAAAGUCCUUUAGGGCUUUUAUAAUUUUCAGAGUUCUCUUUAUCACUGUGAUCUUAUUCUGACGGGAGAGGAAAAACUAUCAUAGCAAUGAGGCAAGACAUUGACUUUAUACUGCUAUCAGUUUCUAAAUGAAAGGGUCAGAAUAACCUUUACAGUAUUUUGGUCAGUAAGAGAUAGUGGCCAUUUACACUGACUGGGCUGCAUUCUGAUAAUGUCUUCUCUCUUAUACAUAGAAUAAAUUUGAAAGACUAUUUGGUCUUAAAGCCAAAGUAAUUUUAGAAUGAAUGACAUAUACAUAGGAAUUUAGUGUCAAUUUCAUGUGUUUAAAAACAUCAUGGGGAAAAUGUGCUUAGAGGUUAAUAUUUUGACUCCAAAUCUGAGUUUUUUCUGUAGUUGCCAUGAUUUUAAUUUUGUCAAAGCAAAUGAAUGAGUUUGAGGGGUUUGUUUUUAUAAAUAUGUUAGAUUUCCUGUUUAAUAAACUCUAGCUCUGUGAUUAUAAGUACCUUUUUUUUUUUUUUUUUUUUUUUUGGCCAUUUCUAAGCCUACCAGAUCUGCUUUAUGAAAUCCAGGGGACCAAUGCUAAAACUAUUUUUAUAUAAUUUUAAGAACAUACCAAAAGCUCUUGUCUGAUUUGAAAUUGUGAUACAUAAUUUCUCACUUUCCUAUAAGGUAAAGUAAUCAACUUUUACUGAAGAUAUUCUUUAUUGAAUCAAAGAUUGAGUUGCAGUUAUACUGUUCUUGACUAAGUGAAUAAAAUGUACUUUUGGGGAGUCAGGGAAUUUUUUUUUUAAAGUUGGAGUUUAGUUCUAAAUUGGGUUUAUUAUUGCAGCAAAUUCCUUUUUUGGCUAAUGAGUUUGAUAAACCCCAUUUGGCUAAUAUUGGAAACGGAAGUCACUUAAAAGAUGAAAUAGAUCCUGAUUGCUACGGCCAUAACUGCAGAUAAGUUUGACUAGAGUGUUAAUUUUGUCACUCAGAAACACAAGCCUUUGUUUAUGCUGCCUGUCUUCAGACGUUCACCUUCCAAGAUUAAACUUGGCUUAAAAUGUACCUUCAGACCAGUUACCUGUCCACGUCCAUUUUGUCAGUACCCCGGAGGACUGGGGAUGAGGGAGGUACGACCCAGUGGGGCACAGGUGUCCCCGGUCCUUCCUUUAUAACUUCAGCUUAGUUUUCUCAACUAGCCUUCCUGCUCAGAGACCAUUGCCUUGCCGCCACCAUGCCCUGCCCAUAUCCCCUCAGCAGCCUUUUGACUGAAUAGCUGCUUUUGGUAUCUAAAUGGUUGAUGGAAACGUAGGACGUGCUUCCAUUUCUUCGAGUCAUGGGGUGUUGCUGGGAGGGCUCUCCCAAGUUUGGAGAUUGGGUGGGUGAUGGCCCUGCUGGCUGCCUUGUUGUGACUUCAGUUAUGGCCAGGGAGUGGGAAGGCAGCAAGGUGGCAGUAUGGCAAUAGGAGUUGUGCCAGAAGCAGUGGCCGAUCCUAUCCGCUGUAGGACAGGGUAAGGUCUGAAGAAGGGAGCCUGUGAUUCUGCUGUAAUGAUAAUGCUCAAGAAGUGCCUUGAGUCAGUGCACAGUGCCAUGGCCAUCAAGAUUUCCAAAUUUCAGUUCUCCUUAUGACAUUUAGUGAUCAGCUCGUGCGUGAGCUACCUUCUGUUCCCCCUCUACAUCGCGAACUGUCCCACUUAGACUGUUUUGUGAAACAAGAUGGCCUAUUGCCAAUUAAAAUGCAGAACAAAAUCAGUAUCCCAGUAGAACUGUCAUAUCAAGAGUUUAUUUUUAUCCUUGCACCGAAAGAGUGAUUAUAAGUUAACUGUUUCUUUUUGUUUCUUGACUGUGGCAGUGUUCUGGCUCCAAAUGAUGGAAUUUCCAAACAGUGGUUCUGUUACAGCUUGGCAGGAAAUGCCAAUUCAGAUAUUUUUGAGAUCCUAAAGAAUAGGUCUGGACAUGUAAUCUGUAGCUUCUUGAGUGUGAUUAAGAACGCUGAAAUACCCACGGGCCCCUUCCAGCAGUGCUGGGAUUCUAAGUCAUUCUGAGGAUUGUCAGUACAUUCAAGCUUUUCCACACCAUUAUGCAAUCUUACUUGUAAUUGUAAACUUCUAAGAAUGUGGUUAAUAAUAUUCAACCUGUUUCUUAAAACUUAAAAAGAACUUAAGUGAAUUUUGUUUUUAUUUUUUAACAAGAUUUAUGAAUUGAAUAUCGUGAACCGUGUUUUGAUAUCCCUUUUUCACCUUGUGCCAAUGGAAUGGGGUGUUUGAUAUUUCUUUCUAUGUCAAGGAGAUGCUUCAAAAUGUCAAUUGCUUUAAACUUAAAUUACCUCUCAAGAGACCAAGGUACAUUUACCUCAUUGUAUAUAUAAUGUUUAAUAUUUGUCAGAGCAUUCUCCAGGUUUGCAGUUUUAUUUCUAUAAAGUAUGAGUGUUAUGUUGCUAAAUUACUCAAAUGGUACUGUAUUGUUUAUAUUUGUACCCCAAAUAACAUCUUCUAUACUCUCUGUUUUCUGUAUUUUAUUGUAUCCGUGCAAAAUUCUUUUGGCUUUUACCAGUGUAACCUCUGCCCUUUCGGAUGUGUACAGAAAAUGUCCAUGUAAAUUUUCAUUUAAGUUGAAUGAUUUUGAGAAACCUAUAAAGAGGAAAGAAAAACAAAGACGACAUUUCCCCAGAAGUUUUUAAAAAUUGUAUAUUGUAUUUGUAGUAAUAUUCUGAAUGAGCUGUAAAUAGGAAGUAGAAGAGCGAUGCUUAUGUCGGGUCCUAACACUACAGUAGAGAAGUGGAAGCAAUGCAAAUAAAUGACUUUUUUUUUCCC